GUCCAAGCCCACCAAGUCCAGGAAAGAAGUGCACAUUCCAAAACAACUGUCAUAUGAAAGUGCAAUAGAUGCUUUGGCAUCAGUGAAGACAAGUUGUUGGACUUGACAUUGUGCAAGGCAGGAGAGCGGGUACGCAAGUGGAAUUGAGCAGGGAAGGGAACCACACAAGGGAGCUUUUUAUUGCCGUGUGAAAAUGGGUAAAAGGACGAUAUUUCCGCGCCUCUUGGUGGGGCUUCUGCUCAGUGCCACAGGUGCCUGCUGCCCCGUCGAGUUUGACCCCCCAAAAGUUGUGGUACGAUACGGUGACCCUGUGUCAAUCAACUGCAGCACGUCCGACCCCCUGUACAGAGGGAUGGGUUGGGAGUCUCCACGGGGAGGGAUAAGCCGCAAGCCGGUCCGCCAUUUGACUUGGAAAUUAGACUCUCUAACAUCAUGGGAAAUCAAGCCUUAUUGCUUCCUCAACCCGGUGCCCAAAAGUGGGAAGAAGCAGUGCUUCAAGGACCCAGACCUGGUCAUUUACACAUUCCCACAAAACAUCUCCAUCCAAGCCGAAAGUACUGUUGUGAAAGAGAAAGGGUCGAUUACAAUGGAAUGUGACAUCGGUGCAAUCGCGCCGAUUCAACAUGUCACCGUCCGGUGGUAUGACGGUGAAAGCAUCAUUCAUCAAGAAAAAGGAGGGCUAAGUCCCUCAAAAAUUCCCAUUGAUCUUGUUUCACGCUAUAUUUUUGAUGGAUUGUCUUCAAGAGGGCGAAAGUUUGUCAAUCUCACAUGUGAGGCACUGUUGGACCUGACUCCCGAGGGGCCACGACUCAACGUAUUUUCUCCUGAGUUUUCUUUGCUUGUUGAAUAUGAUAUUGAACUGACAUGUCCAAGUACCUACACUGCAAUAGAGUACGUUCCUCACAACCUCUCUUGCUCUGUGAAGAACGGGUCUCCGGAAGCUCUGAUCACAUGGUUCAAAGACGGAGAUGAGGUGGAGUUACCGGAGACCCUGUCAAGAUACGAUGCGGGCCAGUAUGUCGUCGUUGCCACCUUGUUUUCAAGCACAGUGAACACUACGGUGGAGUUAGAUGUUGUAUAUCCGCCGUCAGAGAUAGAAGAGCUGGUGGACAUCAAAGCUGAGCGGGGCUCAGAAGUGUUUCUCAAAUGCUCCGCCAGAGGCAACCCCAGACCUGAGUACUCCUGGGAAAUACCCACUUGGAUCAACGUAACGCAAGUCAACGAAGACGGUGUUUCUCGUCUGCUGAUCUCAGACGCGGCUUUGCACCACACGGGCAUCUAUACGUGCUCCGCCCGUAACGACAGAGGGACUGCAUUCCAACAAAUCUCAAUUACUCUAAUAGGAACAACUCCUCUUGCUGCAUCUGGCUCAGCAGCCCUGUCUCCCGACCCCCUUUAUGAUCCAGCCUCAACUUUAAUCCCAACUGGAGGAGGCGAGCGCCACGAUUGCCCUAUUAGGUUGAACCCAGAGACACUGGUGCUGCAAUACACGGGCGAAAGCCAGAAUGUCACAUGCUCAACCACGGGGCCAAAAGGUACCGUAGUAACCUGGGAAGACAUGUUUUCUCUCCGCCCAAAUGAGGUCACGUGGACCCCUGACACCCACAUGGACUGGGACCCUGCUCCACGCUGCACUGCUGUCCUACCAGAUGGAUAUUUCUGCAACAAGCCUCUGAACUUCACACUCUACAAAACGCCAGACAGCGUCACCGUCCGGUCAGUGAACAAUGCGACCUUUUUGGAGGGCGAGCAGUGUCAGCUGCAUUGUGACAUCAUCAACGUGGCUCCCGCACAAAGCCUUCUUGUGCGCUGGUAUCACGGAAAUCAAACCAUUAAGCCGUCAAUCAGAGAGCCGCUUCAAUUGACGGACUGUCCUCAUGAUACCAACACGUUAUGUGACCCAAGCGACACCAGGACUCCGGUAAACGUGACUGCUAGUGCCAGCUUCCGCUUCAAUCGAUCGCAUCAUGAAGCAGAUUUAAAUUGCGAGGCAAUCUUGGAGCUGGGACCGGCGGGACCGCGACCGGCCCCCGCCGUUAUUUCACGUGCCGUCAGCUUCGAUAUUUACUAUAAGCCGGUCAUCAACACCACAAAGCUCCCAAAAGUCAUCCCAUUGUUCCGAGGUUACCCCGAGGAGCUGGUUUGCGAAGCCGAUGGUCAGCCGCCGCCCACCAUUUACUGGUCGAACUUCGCCCAAAAGACUGAUUGGGAGUUGGGAGGCAACAUCACGGUUUUUCAGGCGGGCCGCUACAUUUGCAUGGCUGUCAAUCGCGUGGCUUCGGUUGUCUACGAGGUUGAAGUUGUGCCAAAAGAGGACUACCUACCCCUCAUUGCGGGAUUCGUGGCAACCACGGUGGUGGUCAUAUCGGCUAUUUUUGUCUUCAUCUACUCCAUCUACUACAAAAACACCAAGAUGCGCCGCUACAGCCUGAAGAAUCCCAAACUCGGUGGCCCCAACGCCAACGUGGCCCACAACGGCUGGGACUUGCAGUUCCCUAUGACCAAACUGUCGUGACCGAACUGAGUCACCCGCUCCCGAGACGAGCCGCCAGUCGGCUGACUAACACUGGAGUCGAAGUUAUGUCUUCUUCCAUAUUUGUCUCUUUAUCAGAUUAUUUUAAAGACUCGGGCUUGGGCGUUACGUGUCAUACUCGGUUUCACUGGACGGCAAGGUGGAAAGGGGAAAAAAAAAAAAGAAGAAUAAGCUGGCGUUUGAAUGUUAAAAAGCACAAAAGAGAAUUGAGUAUAAUUACGAAUGUUUGCUUCCCCAUAGAUAUCAUAUAUACAUAUACACUACCAUUCAAAAGUUUGGGGUCACCCAAGCAAAUUUUGUGUUUUCCUUAAAAAGUCACACUUUUAUUUUUCAAAUAAGUUGCAAAAUGAAUAGAAUAUAUGUUCAGGACAUUGACAAGGGUAGAAAUAAGGAUUUUUAUUUGAAAUAAUUUUCUCCUUCAAAUUUUGCUUUCAUCAAAGAAUAAUCAGUUUGCAAAAGUUACAGCGUUGCAGACCUUUGGCAUCCUAGCUGUUAAUUUGUUGAGGUGAUCUGGACAAUUUUCACUCUACGCUUCCAGGAGCACCUCCCACAAGUUGGAUGGAUGGGAACUUCAUGCGUACCAUACUGUCAAGCUGCUCCCACAACAGCUCAAUAGGGUUGAGAUCUGGUGACUGCACUUGCAACUCCAUCAAAGAUAAAAUACAAGAUGCCUGCUUCUCCCCUAAAUAGUUCUUGCAUGAUUUGGAGGUGUGCUGUUGCAAAGUGGAGUGAUAGCCUUCCUUAUUUAAAAUCCCGUUUACCUUGUACAAAACUCCCUCUUUACCAGCACCAAAGCAAUCCCAGACCAUAACAUUACCUCCACCAUGCUUGACAGAUGGCGUCAGGCACUCUUCCAGCAUAUUUUCAGUUGUUCUGCAUCUCACAAAUGUUCUUCUCUGAUCCAACGCCUCAAACUUUUUUCCGAUCUUACUCUGUUCAAUGACUGUGUUCUUUUGCCCGUAUUAAUCAUUUGCUUUGAUUGGCCAGUCUUAGAUAUGGCUUUUUCUUUGCCAUUCUGCCCUGAAGGCCAGCAUCCCGGAGUCAUUUCUUCUAUGUAGAUGUUGACAGUGGCGUUUUGCGUGUACUUCUUAAUGAAGAUGCUAGAUGAGGACCUGUGAGGUGUCCAUUUCUCAAACUAGACACUCUAUUGUACUUGGCUUCUUGCUCAGUUGUGCACACACUUCUGUUUCUACUCUGGUUGGAGCCUGUUUGUGCUGCUCUCUGAAGGAAGUAAUACACACCGUUAGAGGAAAUCUUCAAUGUCUUGGCAAUUUCUCUUAUGAAAUAGGCUUCAUUUUUAAGAACAUGAAUAGACUUGUGUUUCACAUGAAAUUUCUCUUUUUCUGGCAAUUUUGAGAGUUUAACCAAACCCAUAAAUGUGAUCCUCCAGAUACUCAACUAGCUCAAAGAAAGAUCAGAUUUAUAGCUUCUCUAACUAGUGAAACUUUUCAGCUAUGCCAGCAUAAUUGCACAAAGGUUUUCUUAUCAAUUAACAAACACAAUGUACCAUUAGAACAAUGGAGCGAUGAUUGCCAGAAAUGGGCCUCGAUACAGCUAUUUAAAUAUUGCAUAAAAAUUAUGCAGCAUUUGCAAGCAGAAUAGUAAUUUACCGUAUUAGUAAUGUAUAGAGUGUAUUUCUGAUUAACGCUAUCUUCAUUAAAAAAAACUGCUUUUCAAAAAUGACGACAUUUCUAAGUGACCCCAAACUUUUGACAGCAGGGCCAAGAACGAAAAGUGGUAUUUGGUAUGUGGCAAAAUUGAUUUUUCCAUGUGGCAUCUUUUUUUUGUAUGUACCAAAAUCUAUUUUGGACAUAUUUUGGUAUGUGGCAGAAUGGAUUUUGGUAUGUGGCUUUUUUUUUUUUUUUUUGGUAUGCCUUUUUUGCAGUGCAUGUGCAUCCAAAUUUUACUGUCAUUUUAAAUGGCAGAAAACCGUGCGGCUGUGAUUUUUGACCAUACACUUACCAUUACAGCGCAUUGACAUUCAACUGGCACCCAAGGCAAUGGCAUAGCCCUAUUUGGGUGCCAGUUGAACUUUUUUUUUUUUUGCCAUGUCGCAAAAUGUCUUUCGGUAUGUGGCAUUUUUUUUUUUUUUUUUUUUUUCCAUGUGGCAUUUUUUGGGGUAUGUGGCAAAAUGGAUUUUGGCAUGUGGCAUUUUUUUUGCUAUGUGGCAAAAUGGAUUUUGGCAUAUGCCAUUUUUUUUUGCCAUGUGGCUUUUUAAAAAAAAAAAAAUUUUUUUUUAUAUACAUAUAUGGCAAAAUUGAUUUUGCGAUGUGGCUUUUUUUUUUUUUUUUUUGCCAUGUGGCAUUUUUUUGUAUGUGGCAAAAUGGGUACUUUUUGGGGUAUAUGACAUUUUUGUAGGCCAUGCAUGUCCAAAUUUAACAUUCAUUUUAAAUGGCAGAAAACCGUGUGGCUAUGAUUUUUGACCAUACACGUACCAUUACAGCGCAUUGCCAUUCAACUGGCACCCAGAUAAGGCUGUGCCGUUGACUUGGGUGCUAGUUGAUUUGCCACAAAAAAAAAAAAAAAACACAUACCAAAAUCCAUUUUGCCACAUACCAAAAAAAUGCCACGUACAAAAAUCAAUUUUGCCACAUACCGAAAGAAAAAUGCCAAAAUACAUUUUGCCUCAUGGCAAAAGAUGCCACAUGCCAACUUACAUUUUGCCACAUACACCGCAAAAAAUACCACAUGGCCAAAAAAAAAUGUCACAUGCCAAAUGACUUUGUCACAUUGCAAAAAAAUAAUGUCACAUGGCAAAAUCAAUUUUGCCACAGACCAAAUAACUUUUCCUUCUCGCUGUCUCUCACUUUUGAACAGUAGUGUAUAUUAUAUGUGUACACAUAUAUAUAUAUAACUAGAUGUUUCACAAGCACUGUGAGAGUGUCGACACUUUGCUGUCUUAUGCCGAGCCAUUGUCAAUGGAGCGUGUAAAUGUAAGUUCACACGCUCGAAAUAGCUAUAAAUUGUUCAAUUUUCAACCGAUUCUCAAACCGACUCCACCUUUAGACAACUGUCCUUAUAUAUGUGAUAUCUAUGGAUUUUUCUCGUCUGCGGUUUGAACAAAGGAAGUGCACUAUUUUUCGUUACUAAUCAGCUGUGCUUGUUUUGUCAACGCAGCGCAACCUGUCGAUCACUGAGCCUUUUUCGUCCCUUCACGGUGCUCUUUGUUACCUACUGUGCUCUUCUGUUGCCUCUCUAUCUCUGUGCCUGGUGCAGUUGGGGAAAACACUGUAGGUCUGCCUUGAGAUCAGAUGCUUCAUUUAACUCUUUCAGUGCCAUUGACGAUGACAGAUGUCCAAUCAUGUGGCUCUUUUCAUCCUCUUGCUGUCAAUUGAAAUGAGUCACGAGGAGACGUCCAAUCUUUUUGAAUUGGAAGUGCUGACAGUGAAUAAUUAAAAUAAUUUUGCUCUUAAUCGCUGGAUUAAACAGAUUUAUCUGACGACUAAUUUUCCGAUUAAUCUCGUGAUUAAUUCCAACAUGUCAGUGGCACUAAAACAUGACCACUGGGAAUGGAUCUAUCAAUGGUACAGUGUAUCACAAAAGUAAGUACACCCCUCACAUUUCUGCAGAUAUCUAAGUAUAUCUUUUCAUGGGACAACACUGACAAAAUGACAGUUUGGUACAAUGAAAAGUAGUCUGUGUGCAGUUUAUAUAAUAGAGUUAAUUUAUUUUCCCCUCAAAAUAACUCAAAAUAUAGCCAUUAAUAUCUUAACCCCUGGCAACAAAAGUGAGUACACUCCUUAGAAACUACGUACAUCCCUAAAUGUCCAAAUUGAGUACUGCUUGUCUUUUUCCCUCCAAAAUGUCAAGUGACUCCUGGGGUGACAGCCAUGCACACCAAUUUGAUGUAGAGUGUGGCGUAUGGUCUGAGCAAGCUGACCCCCACCUCUUCAAUCCCUGCAGCAAUGCUGACAGCACUCCUGUAACCAGUCACAUGACUACUUUUCAUUGUACCAAACUGUCAUUUUUUCAAUGUUGUCCCAUGAAAAGAUAUACUUACUGUAAAUAGCUGCAGAAAUGCGAGGGGUGUACUCACUUUUGUGAUACACUGUAGAUUAGCAAAUGAUUUUUAUGUUUAAUGAAUGGAUCUGACAGAUUAAUCUGUUGAUCUCCCACCACACAAGAAACCUGAUUGAUCUCAUUUUGAAAUUAAUCUGUGCAUUCUAACAGUGGCAAUUAAACCUGAUCAUUGGCAGUGAAAGAGUAUACUGUAUGUAUAAUCCUAAUUUUCCGCUUAAUCAACAGAUUUCAGAGAUUUAUCAGGAAAUUAGUUGACAGAUUAAUGUCAUUUUGUUAAUUGAAAUGGGUUUGUCACUUGUAGACAUCCAAUCCAUUUGAAAUGGAAGGGCUGGAACAUUUGUUCAUUCGCUGUCCGCCCUCCCACCUUAAACGGAUUGGAUGUUUAACGCCGUCAAUGGCAGCCAAUGAGUUCAAUAUUUUUUAUAUUUGAAAAGUGAAAAGACAGGAUGCAUUGUGGAUGUGAAUGUGGUGUACACUUGAGAAGUGUUUUUGUGAAUUUUGCUGUACAUAUUUUUAAUUAAGAGGAUUAUUAUUAAAUAUGUGACAUUUCA